CGUCGUCUGCCGCUGCUGAAGGAGCCGCAGACGACGCCCCACCACACAUGACCCUCCUCACACCGCCUUUAAAUAUACUAAUGCAUUUCAAACUGCAGCUCGUGCUACAUCUGUGCUACAAUUACUGUAGCUACGAGACGGCGUGUACUGGGAACCAGAGCGUGUACUGACGCGCCUCAUCAUGGACCAGGGACCCUCUGCCCGAAAUAGAUUUGGCUGCGGGCGACAGUGACAGUGACUGUGUGUAUAUAGUUCCCUUGUGGCCCCUGGCGAGGGUUAGCAAGUCCUGCAGAGCCUCGAGCGCCCGCCAGGAUGCCCACGGCAAGCUCCUCAGCGUCAAAGAAGACCCGGCCCGUCCACCAGACACAGAGGUCCCCGAAGUCCCCCAUCGAGAAGGGUCGGUGGGCCAGCAAGGGCACCAAGCCCCUGCCUGAGCAAGCCUCUGUACAGCAAGUCUUAAGUCUCAUUGUCGUUCAUGGCUGUCGCAAAGUCCUUUUUAUCCAAACCGAAGUCAAAAUAACCUUGUAUUCCAUUGGACUUUUCUUUGGGUCACUUUUGUGUGAUUUCCUUCCAUUACCAAAAGCGUAUAUGGGUCAGAGAGAUAAUAUAUUUAAUGUGUAUUUUGUUAAAGUUGGUUGGGCUUGGAUGAUUCUGGUGGUGGGAGCCUUUAUUCUCUUAACGAGUGCCACGAUCGGCUGCGGCCAUCGAGAGGUGGUCAAGAGACACAUGUCGAGACUAAUUGUCGGUACGUGUUUGUGGUACUUCUGGAGCCAGUGGUUCUUCACCUUUAUUGAAAACCGAACCGGUUCGUGUCUGGGGAAAGCGAUAAUAAGAAACAAGUACGACUGUAACGCUGGAGGCUUCCACUGGCAUUCAUUCGAUAUAUCAGGGCAUGCCUUCCUGCUUGUCUAUAUCAACUUGUUUAUUGUGGAGGAAGCCAAGGCGAUUGUGGGUUGGGAGGGAAUUCGUGACCAAAUACGAAUAGAGCGCCACAAUCGUGGAGAAAGUCAAAUUGACCCCAAUGAAAAUAAGACACCUUUGGAGAGUCUUUCAGAAGAAGAAAUGGUUGUUCUAAAGUUGAACUACGACCAGUUUACACCAUAUAUCCGGGGCAUCUUUUGCAUCAUGACACUUAUGAGUAUCUUGAGUGAUGUAAUGUUGGCGUGCACGAUCAUUUUCUUCCACACCAUGCCACAGAAGGUUGCCGGGGGUGCUAUUGCCAUAGCAACAUGGUUCUUAACAUAUAGGGUAUGGUUCAAAGGGGAUUCAUCACCUGGUUUACCUGGCUCGGGUGUGUUCCAAUAUCAGAACUUAAAAGAGAAAGUUAAAGAAGUUCCAGCCAGAAGACGUUCUUCACUUUGCAAGGAACACAAAGAUGGUUUACCAACUUUCAUGGGAAUGCCUUUAUAUGGCCUGAAAAAAGAGAAAGAGGAAAAGAAAAAAGAAUUAGAACGAGAGGAGGAUAAAGCGGGCUUGGAAGAUGUAGUUGACCCAGCUGAUCUGCGUAGCUUCAGGAAUGGAGCGUUUGGUGACACUGGUCCUAGUAGGACUUGGAGAAGGUAAUUUUUUUUAAUUAGUCUUCUAAUAAGGGUGUUUAGCUACUAUAUGGCAAUAGGUAAUGGUAGCUUUGCUAAAAUAAGAUGAACAAUGUGUAAUUUUUCCUAUUCUCCAACAUGUAUAGUACAGUACAGUACUAUAUUUAAAAAAUGUUAUUCUAGUCAAUUAUAUAUUUUUCGUGUAAGCAGGCAUUGUGAGUAUUAUUUAGUUAAAAUUUUCAAUAAUUUUAUUUUAUUAAACUAAAAAUACACAAUUAAAUUUUAUGGCAAACAAAAGGGCAUUUGUUGUAUGCCCAAUGUAAGCAGCCCAAUAAAUUACUUGCAGUACUGUAUAUAGUUACAGGAUAUACAAGAAUCUCUCCCUGCCCUAUGUUGCAGGUUAUAUUAAAGGAAGUUUUUCUAAGAGAACCUUCAACCAACGUAAGUCUACCCUUUUUGUGAGCAGUAUGUAAUGUCAAAUUAUGAUUUUAAAAGAUUUUAAAAUUUUGGAAAGGAGCCAAAAUUAAUUUUUUUUGCUUUUGUAAUACCUUUCUUGAAUGGAAAAUUUAAGGAGUUUGUCUUUUUGAUGGGUAUUUUGAUUAGUGACAGCACACUAGAGCCGUGUAAUUUUACAAACGGUAAUAGAUGCUGAUAGUGCAUUAUAAUACCAUGCUUUGAUGCCUUGGUUCCACUUCAUUUGUCUUAUACUCCCUGAAUCAUAGAUCAUUUUAUUUGUACAGUUUACUCAUUAUUAUACAGUAUGUAUCGAGUGCAAACCUGUAAAUGAACAUAUAAUUAUACACUGGUUACUUUUGUGAACGUGAUGUGUGGGCUUUGACCAAAUGGGCUAUAGCAUUGGUCAUGUUUUAAGGUAAACUGAACAAAUGGCAAUCUUGUAUUUUCGUAUAAAUGAGUUUCAUCAUAUGUUCCUUGGCCAUGUAUGAAUAGUAACCACCAGAUAUGGAGUCAUAUUGGCUCUUGUUUUAUGCACAUACGUUAUUACAUUUAUAAUUUUGGUUGCUGAUCCAGUAUAUUGCAAAGCAGCAUUUUACAGCCACUGCAAUAUCCAGAACCUUUCAACAGAAGGUGAAAUUACUUUUUUAAACUAUAUAUAUAUAUAUAUAUAUAUAUAUAUAUAUAUAUUUUUUUUUACAGUACAGAAAACUAAUGCUAGUUACUUGCCCGUAUUUGUAAAACUGUAAUUUCAAAGUUUGUCAUGAUAUCUGCCUCAUCCCUUGUCUUUCAUGGCUAGUAAAUAAUGUUCUUAAUAUAGUGGUGAUUUCUUUCAAAUUUGUUUGGCAUUAAAUGUCCUGUGAUACACCAGUUCGGUCUUAAUCUCUACCAAUUUCUUUUUUCACUUAUAAAUAAUGUCAUUUACAAAACUUUUCACUAUUGGUAUUUCUAUUUUCACAAAUCUGCUCUACUCGUACGAAUCCUCAACAAGAAAGUUCCGUGAGUAUGUUGGCCAAUGUCUAGCAUACACAAGAACUGUGCAACUUGCAAUUAACUUUUCCAAAGUGAUGUGAUGUAAUACAAUAUGUAUUGAACUUUAUAUGCAAGUGUUUAGAGAUGUGAUAGUAAACUAACAUAAUCAGGGUCAGUAUUAAUAAAAUAAGAGAUUUGUUGCUAUGAAAAUUAUAAAUGGUUGCUCAGUGGAGUGUUGCUUAUAUAUUUAGUUUUUUGUAAUUUUUGUUAGCAUUUUAUUACAAUUUUCAUUUGAACAACAAUAUAUUUAAAUGAAUGUAAAGAUUUUGACACUUUUAAUACAGAUCUUACUCGCCUAAAA